UCUCCCUUUUCUUUCUCUGUCGUCGUCCAUCUGCAGAAGGCGGGGGCAGAGAGAACAAGCCCUAAAUCAACUACCUAUCCGGAUCAUAUGAAUCGGAUAUUUGGAUCCGAUCCGAUCACUGUUGCAUCUUUUAGAGAUAAAUAGAGAGAUUGUGAAGCAAUUUUCGGAUUCGAAUCCGGUUUCUGGAGCUCCAAAAAAAAAAAACCCGAAAGCCAUGACUCGGAGGUGCUCGCAUUGUAGUCAUAACGGGCACAACUCGAGGACGUGCCCGAACCGAGGAGUGAAGCUUUUCGGGGUCCGAUUGACCGACGGGUCAAUCCGGAAAAGCGCCAGUAUGGGCAAUCUCAGCCACUAUGCCGGGUCCAGCUCCGGUGCCAAUCCUGGCGGGGCAAAUAUUCCGGGUUCACCAGGAGAGACUCCGGAUCACGGUGGUGCAGCGGAUGGUUAUGCCUCCGAGGAUUUUGUACCUGGGUCGUCUUCGAGCUGUCGUGAGCGGAAAAAAGGUGUUCCAUGGACUGAGGAGGAACACAGGAUGUUUUUACUUGGAUUACAAAAGCUUGGAAAAGGUGAUUGGCGUGGAAUUGCGCGCAAUUAUGUCAUAUCAAGAACACCUACUCAAGUGGCUAGUCAUGCUCAGAAAUAUUUCAUCAGGCAAACUAAUGUAUCUAGGAGAAAAAGACGUUCCAGCUUGUUUGAUAUUGUAGCAGAUGAAUCAGCUGAUACUACAAUGGAACCACAAGACUUCUUGUCUGUCAACCAUCCACAGCCUGAAAUUCAAAACGAAAAUCCAUUGCCUGCUGCUAAUGCACUUGACGAAGAAUGUGAAUCAAUGGAUUCUAGCAACUCAAACGAUGGAGAAUCUGUUCCUCCAAAGCCCGAUAACUCACAGUCCUCUUACCCAGUAAUAUAUCCUGCUUAUUUCUCACCUUUCUUUCCAUUUUCCUUACCAUUUUGGUCUGGACAUGAUAAUAGCACAGAGACAAAUAAGAAGGAGAUGCAUGAAGUGCUCAAGCCGACAGCAGUACAUUCAAAGAGCCCAAUCAAUGUUGAUGAGCUUGUAGGGAUGUCAAAACUGAGUUUAGGAGAGUCUAUUGGUCAUUCUGGUCCCUCAUCUCUAUCGCUGAAGCUGCUUGAUGGUUCAUCUAGGCAGUCUGCUUUCCAUGCAAAUCCAGGCUCAGGCAGUUCGAACAUGAAUUCGAGUGGCAGCCCCAUCCAUGCUGUUUGAUGGGCAAAUUAUUGAUUAGAUUUUAGGUCAGCUAAAAUGGUGAUGAACAUCAUAGGUUACUGUUAAUACAAGACUAAUACUAAUAAUGUGCAGUCUGGUUUGGGUUCGGUUAUAUUUUCUCUGUGGAGUCAAAUAAUAAUGUUGUUUAGUUUUUACUUUUAUUUUUAUUUUUUUGUUUUUAUUUAUUGGUUCUUUGCUUCAGGCUAUAGUGUAUUUUGUCAAAAAUAUUUGUAGUAUCUAUUUUUGUCAAAAAUAUUUAUAGUAUCUAUCUGUUGUAUUU